AAGUAGGAAAGAAGGAAGCAUCAAAAGCUAGCAAAAAGAGAAGCAACACUUGCUGUUUUUUUCUAUUUAUAAACUCUAGCUCUCAUCACCUCCACUGCCUCUGCUCAUUGUCACAACUCACAAAAAGCUCUUAUAGCAACAAUGGCUUCAGAGAAGGUCGAGACUGUCGUCGCCGGAAACUACGUGGAGAUGGAGAGGGAAGAAGAAGGGGAACCGAACUGUGUGAAAACAAAGUUUUCGAAGCUGUUUUGGCAUGGUGGCUCAGUCUAUGAUGCUUGGUUUAGUUGUGCUUCUAACCAGGUUGCACAAGUUCUUCUCACACUGCCUUACUCAUUCUCACAACUGGGGAUGGCAUCUGGGAUUGUUUUCCAACUAUUUUAUGGGUUGAUGGGAAGCUGGACUGCUUACCUCAUUAGUGUACUCUAUGUUGAGUACAGAACCAGAAAGGAGAGAGAAAAGGUUGAUUUCAGGAACCAUGUAAUUCAGUGGUUUGAAGUCCUAGAUGGGCUCUUGGGGAAGCACUGGAGGAACAUUGGGCUGUUUUUCAAUUGCACUUUUCUUCUAUUUGGAUCUGUAAUUCAGCUAAUUGCUUGUGCGAGUAAUAUCUACUACAUCAAUGACAAUCUUGACAAGAGAACUUGGACUUACAUAUUUGGUGCCUGCUGUGCUACCACUGUGUUCAUUCCUUCUUUCCAUAACUACAGAAUUUGGGCAUUUCUUGGCCUUAUAAUGACCACUUACACUGCAUGGUAUCUAACCAUUGCUUCCCUUAUUCAUGGACAGGUUGAGGGAGUGAAGCACUCUGGCCCAACUACAAUGGUUCUGUACUUCACUGGGGCUACAAACAUUCUUUACACCUUUGGUGGGCAUGCCGUGACAGUGGAGAUAAUGCAUGCGAUGUGGAAGCCCCAGAAGUUCAAGCUGAUAUACUUGAUUGCAACACUCUAUGUGCUCACACUGACCCUGCCAUCAGCCAGUGCUGUUUACUGGGCUUUCGGGGACCUGCUUCUAAACCAUUCCAAUGCCUUGUCUUUGCUCCCGAGGACCGGAUUCAGAGACACGGCUGUCGUCCUAAUGCUCAUGCACCAGUUCAUAACAUUUGGAUUUGCAUGCACUCCUCUGUACUUCGUGUGGGAGAAGUUCAUUGGAAUUCAUGAGACCAAGAGCCUGUGCAAGCGGGCCCUGGCUAGGCUUCCGGUGGUGGUCCCCAUUUGGUUCCUCGCGAUCAUAUUCCCUUUCUUUGGUCCGAUCAACUCCACCGUCGGAUCACUUCUCGUCAGCUUCACCGUUUACAUAAUCCCUGCGCUAGCGCACAUGAUAACAUUUUCUCCCGCUUCAGCUAGAGAGAAUGCAGUGGAGAGACCACCAUCAUUCUUGGGAGGGUGGCCGGGAAUGUACUGUGUGAACAUAUUUGUGGUGGGCUGGGUCUUGAUUGUGGGGUUUGGGUUUGGAGGGUGGGCCAGCAUGCUCAACUUCGUACGUCAAAUUGACACUUUUGGCCUCUUCACCAAAUGCUAUCAAUGCCCCCACAAGCCUUGACCAGUCAAGUUCUAAUAUUACUAUUAUUUCAUACAUAUCGAAUCAGUGUGUAAAUUAAUUAAGAGAUUGGCUUCUUUUCUUUUUUUUUCACUUUCCCAUUUUUAGUCGUGCGUUAUUUUCUUUUUCUUUUUUUCUUUUUCUUCUAAGAAGUGGAACACCCUUAAAUUGUUUUUCUGGGUUUUUAUUUUUAUUUUUAUUUUAUGAUUUUGUAUGUUGUUUGUAGCUAAUAUAUCUAACUUUCAAUCAGGAGCAAAUUAGAGAGUAUGUGAUGCAAAUUCAGUUUAAAUUUUCAA